CCGCGCUCAGCCGGGGCCGCCGCCGUCUGCGGAGGGGCCCGGGCGGCGCGGGGGCUGCGGAACGAGGAGUUCGCAGUGUUGCCCGUGCGAGGAGAAGUCCCGGAGCUGGAAUCGCUCGCAUAACCCUGAAAGAUGAAGGCAGCAGAUGAGCCUGCCUACCUGACAGUGGGGACUGAUGUCAGUGCCAAGUACCGAGGUGCCUUCUGUGAGGCAAAGAUCAAGACGGUGAAGAGGCUUGUGAAAGUCAAGGUGGUGUUGAAGGGGGAUAACUCAACUCAGUUAGUGCAAGAUGACCAAGUGAAAGGACCUCUAAGAGUUGGAGCAAUGGUUGAGACCAAGAUGCCUGAUGGAUCUUUUCAGGAAGCAGUUAUCAGCAAGCUGACAGAUGCCAGCUGGUACACUGUGGUUUUUGAUGACGGUGAUGAAAGGACCUUGAGACGAACUUCGUUAUGCUUGAAGGGAGAAAGGCACUUUGCAGAAAGUGAGACGCUUGAUCAACUGCCACUAACCAAUCCAGAGCACUUUGGAACUCCAGUUAUUGGGAAGAAAUCAAAUAGAGGGAGAAGAUCUUCUCUUCCUGUUACUGAAGAUGAAAAGGAAGAAGAAAGUAGUGAAGAAGAGGAUGAAGAUAAGAGGCGCCUCAACGAUGAAUUGCUUGGCAAGGUUGUGAGUGUGACUUGUAAUGCAGAGAAGGCAGACUGGUACCCAGCUUUGGUGGUGUCACCGAGCUGCAAUGACGAUGUCACCGUGAAGAAGGACCAGUGUUUGGUUCGAUCCUUUGCAGAUUCCAAAUUUUACUCAAUAGCAAGAAAAGACAUUAAGGAGCUAGAUCUUCAAAACUUACCAAAAUCAGAGGCCUCUCCUAAAAAAGGGCUACAGGAGGCAAGCACGUUUCUCAGCACCAGGGCUGUGCCUAGGAACUGGAAAAUGGACAUCAGUGAGAUCCUGGAGUCCUCCAGCAGUGAUGAGGAGGAUGGAGCUGCUGCAGAAACUGAUGAAGAAGAGCCAAAAAGAGAAGAGAAAGCAGAAGAAGUAGCGCCUGAGGAAGAGCUUGAUCCUGAAGAGAGGGACAACUUCCUCCAACAGCUUUACAAGUUUAUGGAAGACAGAGGUACUCCUAUCAAUAAACCACCAGUUCUGGGCUACAAGGACCUUAACCUCUUCAAACUUUUUAGGCUGGUUUAUCAGCAGGGUGGGUGUGACAAUAUUGAAAGUGGUGCUGUAUGGAAGCAAAUUUAUAUGGACCUUGGCAUUCCUAUUUUGAACUCAGCUGCUUCCUACAACGUAAAAACUGCUUAUAGAAAGUAUCUUUAUGGUUUUGAAGAGUACUGCCGUUCUGCAAACAUUCAGUUUAGGACCAUCCAUCACAAUGAACCAAAAGUGGUAGAAGAGACACAGAAACACGUGGAACCAAUGGAGGAAAGUGUGAAAGAGGAACAAAAAAUGCCCCCAACAGAAGUUAAAAAAGAAGCAGAAGAAAAUUAUUCCAGCAGUGAAAGUGAGAAAGAAGAAGUUGAAGUAAGAUCCCCAAGGGGACGAAGAAGACUUGCCCGUGAUGCAGCCCCUGCUAAAAAAGAUGGUGAAGAGGAUAAAACACAAGACAAGUUAAAAGACAGUAACAAAGAAAACAAAGAUGUAGAGGAAACACCUGAGAAUGCAGAAAAGAAAGAAAAUGAAACUCCUCUAGGGAAGAAAAGCACACCAAAGCAAAAAGAGAAGAAAAUUAAGAAACAGGAGGAUUCUGAUAAAGAGUCAGAUGAAGAGGAAGAGAGGCAGAGGGACAGGGAAGAAAUUGAGAACAAAGGAGAAUCAGAAGGUGAAGAGGAUGAGGAGGACACAGAACCCUGCCUGACUGGAACCAAAGUGAAAGUAAAAUAUGGACGUGGAAAGACUCAAAAAAUUUAUGAAGCCAGUAUUAAAAGCACAGAAAUUGAUGAUGGAGAGGUUUUAUAUUUAGUUCAUUACUACGGUUGGAAUGUAAGGUAUGAUGAAUGGGUGAAAGCUGAUCGGAUUAUCUGGCCAGUGGAAAAAGGAGGACCAAAGAGAAAACAGAAGAAAAAAACAAAAAAUAAAGAAGAUGGUGAAAAGGAUGAGAAGAAGGAUGAGGAGAAACAAAAAUCCAAGCGUGGGCGGCCCCCUCUGAAAUCCACUCUCCCAUCCAACACAUCCUGCAGCCUUCCCAAAACGCCCAACAGCGAAGCAACACCUCGCAGGCAGACCAGACGUAGCUCAGGAAUGUUUGAUUCUGAUAGAGGAUCAAACGACUCUGGCACAUCUGACAGUGAAGCAGAUGAGUCAUCUGAAAAGAAUUUGAAUGAAGAAUUUUCUCCAGAAACUUCAGAACUGGAAAAAAGUGAAAAACUCCGUGAUGAGAAGCUGGAUGAGGAAAACCCAAAGAUUUCUCAUGUGCUGAAGGAAAACGACAGGACUCAAGUACAGCAGCUAGAAACACUGAAACUGGAAGUUGAGGAAAGUGAACAAAUUGUUCAAAUUUUUGGAAACAAAACUGAUCAAAUGGAAGAAAUCAAAAGAGAGGUUGAAAAAUCACCUAAGGGAAAAGGGAGAAGGAGCAAGACAAAAGAUCCUUCAUUGGAGAAUGCAAAGAUUGCACCAGGAAGCCAGGAAGAGGUGGCAAAUGAAUCUCUUACAGAACCUGAAAGGUUAGAUGUGUCUUCCUUGGACUGUAAAGACAUUUCCAGCACUACUGAAAGUGAAACAGAGCCCUCCACAAAAGAUAAGAAACUUUUAAAAAGGAAAACUUUGGAACAGGCAUCACCUGAGAAGAGAAACCGGCGGGAGAGCGAGAUGGAAGUGCCAAAUAUUGUAUCUGAAGAGAGGACCAAUGAAUGUAGUGGAGCAGAGGAAUGUAGAGGGCUGAAUGCUGAGGAGUCCGUCAGAACUGAGAACCAGGAGAUGCCAUCCCUGGUGGCGGAAUCGGCGCCGCACGGGGCAGAGCUGAGGAGUGACAGCUUCCAACGGCCGGCUGAAAACAACGAGAGCCUGCCCUUGAAAGAUGAGGAUGACACAAUGCCUCAGAUUGGCCCUGAGACCUUGCUGUGCCAUGAAGUAGACCUGGAUGACUUGGAUGAGAAGGAGAAGAGCAGCACUGAAGAGACAACAGCAGAAAAGCCAGACCCCAGUGCUUCCAACUCUGCCCCCUCUGCCUUAGCCCCCGGUGUCCCCUCGAGCUUGCCGGUGGCCUCUCCUCUGGCCCUCAGCCAGGACGAGUCCCGCAGCAUCAAGAGCGAGAGUGACAUGACCAUUGAGGUGGACAGUGUGGCAGAAGAGUCCCAGGAGGGGCUCUGUGAGAGUGAGUCUGCCAAUGGAUUCGAGGCCAGCACCACGUCGAGCAAUUGCAGCAUGGCGGGCCAGGAGAGGGAGGCGGGAGAGAAAGGUCAAAAAAGACCCAGUGACAGCAAUAGUGGAACGCUGGCAAAAAAGCAAAAGCGAACUCCAAAGCGAACCAGUGCUGCAGCCAAAAAUGAGAAGAAUGGAACAGGACAAAGCAGUGACAGUGAGGAUCUCCCUGUCCUGGACAGUUCCAGUAAAUGUACUCCUGUCAAACACAUCAAUGCAUCCAAACCCCAGAAGAUUUCCCGCUCCCCUGCCAGGGUGGUUUCUCCUCACAUCAAGGAUGGAGAGAAGGACAAGCACAGGGACAAGCACCACCACCAGAAUGCUUCACCCAGAGUCUACAAAUGGAGCUUCCAGCUCAAUGAACUGGACAACAUGAGCAGCACUGAAAGGAUCUCCUUCCUUCAAGAAAAGCUACAGGAGAUCCGAAAAUACUACAUGUCCUUGAAGUCAGAGGUAGCAACCAUAGACAGGAGAAGGAAAAGGUUGAAAAAGAAAGACAGAGAAGUGUCCCACACAGGAGCAUCCAUGUCAUCUGCCUCCUCAGACACUGGAAUGAGCCCCUCAUCAUCCUCUCCUCCCCAGAACGUGCUGGCUGUGGAGUGCAGGUGAUAAACAUUUCUCUGCCUUGCCAGCAGCUCUCUGCCAUGGACAUAAACCCUGAAAUUCUGCCACAGAAAGCACUCAACUGGUUGGACAUUGCCAAGUAUAUCCUGUACACACUUCCACUGCUGGACUGUACCUGUUCCCCCCUCCUACCCUCUUCUUUUGUUUAAUUUACUGUUCAGAGAACUUAAGCUCAUUGGUAACUGAAGGUUUGUAGGCACAACGUGACAUCCUUGUAAUUGUGUUUGUUUUUGUUUCUUGUUUGUUUCUUUUUGUUUUGUUUUUGUUUUUUUUUCCUAACACAGAGGAAGGGCACUUAUCAAAUUUGCAAAGUUAAUGUCCAAUGAAGCAUUCAGGUGUUCUAGGGUGAUCUUUAAAAAAAAAAAAAGCAAGUGCACCAAGCAGACAUCAGAGUAUUCUCCAAAAGAACUGAGCAACUGCUGCACUUUCACCAAGCUGUGGGUAACUCUUGGUGAGUAGUUCCUCUUUGUGGAAGCACUUGCUAUACAGAACUGCCAAAGUAUGUGUUCAGCAAUGUGCCCAGUUUUAAAGCUGUAAAUGGGACAAAAUAAAUUGUGAAAGGAAGUGUAGUUGACUGAAAACUACAGUUGUAAUAAGUCUUCCACUUUUUAUAGGAUUUUUGAGCACACAAUUAUGCAAAUGUUUUAAUGUUUAUUAAUGUUUACAGUGGAAUUGUGAAUAGGUUUUCAGUGGACUAUCUUAUCCCUUGACAAAAAUAUUUUGUCUUUUUUCUAUGUAAUUUCAGAGUUUUUAUUUUGUUACAAAAAGACGAAAAAUGAAAUAUAUAACAACAAUGAAGUUAUUUAACAAGAUUUCUAAAGCUGAAAUUUUUGUGUAAAAUAAGGUAUCUUGCAACUUGUUAAAUAUAUUUAUUCAGACAUUGGAUGUUGUAUUUUUAUGUAUUUUUUAAAAUAUUAAUAAAAUUGGAAAAAAAAAAUUCUAGAUUAGUUCACUCUUUGGACAAAACAUCCUUCUCAGUUCUGGCUCUGCAGGAGGAGUUAUCCAGUAGCCAAACCUGUACUUCCAAUGGGUCUGUCUACAUAUCCUCCACCUCACAGAUCUGCCAGCAGGCAUCUGGGUUAAAAUAAAACUUAAUUUGGAAACUUUGGCAGUCCUAGUACUUAACCUUGUUUGGAGGAACAAAAUUUCUUGGGUUGCCCUUAAGAUGCUUUGUCACAAGUUCUUGUGUUUGCUGUACUGCCGAAUAAAUUUCCAUCUCCCAAAGUUGAGAUGCACCAAUAAAGUAAAAGCAACUGUGUGUGCUCUGCCUGUGGAUUGUCCCACAGGCUGAUGCAGCUUGUAAAUAACUCUUCCAAACCCAUGUAUUUAAAGCAGUUUGCAUAUACAUUAUGUAUAAAAAGUGAUUUUUUUAAACAAUUUUUUUAUUCAUGUUUGUACAUUGAAAGGGGGCCUGAGCCCCUUUUUCUGUGUUUAAUAUGCUGUAGAGUAAUAAUAUAGAUGCUCUAGACUGUAUAUCAGGAUAUUCUGGUUCCACACAGCAGAAGGUCAGGAGGAAACACUAGUGAUGGCGUAGCAUUACUAAAAUUGAUGUUUCUUGAAAUUUCAUUUUACAGCAUUUGUCAACUUGUGAUUCCAAUUCCUUCCAUUUUCGCAGAAAAUUAAAGAAAAAGUACUCUUGUAAAUGCACUUUUUCUGUCUUUUCUUAAGCAAAGCAGAACUAUUUCAAUGUAAGAUAAAUAUGGAGCUCACUAGACAGCGCUAAUAAAGGCCAUGUUUUAAACAUAGGCUUUAUAUUCUAUUUUUAUUUAAGUGAUUGUUCUUGUAAAUGUCUGGACUUUACCCUAAAUAGGAAAGUUAAUCUCCAUAAAUUACUGUAAAGACUUUUUCAGAGCUAACUUUUACUUGUUAAUCUUCUAACAGCUACGAAUAAAAAGCAAUACUCAUUUAAAAGGAA